AACCGUUGAAAUUGAAAAUAAAAACACAACAAGAAUAAUUAUUAGCAGUGAAAAAUGAUUAAAACACCUUUAAAACUCUUUAAAAAGAAAAACUUACUUGACAAUGCAACACCUUAUAAUAUUCCUGAAAGUCCACUUAUGAAAAAACUUGGCUAUGGAACUGGAAUCGCCGUUUAUUUAUUGAAUGCAAGCAGCAAGAAAACAAAAAAAUCGACAACAAGUCCUUGGGCCAUCAAAAAAUGUUUAAAGGAUAAAACUGACAAGACUUAUUCUCAACGACUUGCUGCAGAGGCUGAUAUUCUAAGAACUUUGACACAUCCAAAUAUUGUCGGAUUUCGUGCUUUUCAGAUGUCUACUGAUGGAAGAUUCAACUUGGCAAUGGAGGCUUGCACAUCAUCAUUAGGUGACUUAAUUGAAAAUCGCUUUGAAAUGAAACUUGGGCCUUUGGAAAGUGAAAAAAUCAUCAUCAUGGCAUUUGAUGUCUCAAAAGCAUUGAAUUAUCUUCAUAACGAGGCUCUUUAUUUACACGGCGAUUUGAAGUCAUUCAACAUAUUAGUUAAAGGCGAUUUUGCUGCUUGUAAACUGUGCGACUUUGGUGUAAGUCUUCCAAUCAAAAAGGACUGUUUAUUGGAUUUUGAUAAGCAACCAAAUGCUUGCUACACUGGAACUGAUUUGUGGAAUGCACCAGAAGUAUUCGAAGAAGAUCCUGAACUAAUCUCAACGAAAUCAGAAAUUUUCAGCUUUGGUCUUUAUGAUGAGAUCUUACAAGUUUUCUAUAUUUGCACUGAUGAAGAUCCUGAGAAACGUCCAGACGCAAAGUCUCUGGAACGUAUCUUCAAAGAGUUGAAAAACAUUGAAUAA